ACCUUUAUUCAUUAAGAAAACUUCCUCAAAAACAAGAAUUACCACCUAAAGAACUUUCUGCAAAAAAUCAGAAAUACAAAAUAGAAGACGAAUGUGAUGAGAUUUUUGAUAAUGAUGAAAACUGUAUUUGUUUUUUUUGCUUAGAAAAAUCUUCAGUAUUAACUAUUAAGGUUAAUUACAAUAAAAAAAAAAUUGAAGAAUUACAAAAAGAAGUAACUAAAAAAACUAAUAUAUCGGUCUUUGAAGAGAUGUUGCAAGAAGAUAAUGAAACUCAAAAAGAAAUGUUUGCAAAGAAUGAUUUUGAUAUUAAUUCAUAUCAUGAUACAAUAAGAGAUAUCCUUACUAGGAAACAAAAAAGCAAAGUUUGGGAUUGGGUUCAAGAAUACAUAAACAAUUCUGAUAAAUUAGACAGAUAUUUAAAUACAAAAUCUU